GACUACAGCGAAAAUCUUUCCUCCCAAGCAGACGAGGACUCAAGGCUACGUUUUCAGUUUCGUUAAAGGCAUUUAGUCAUCGAUCUAUUAUGAUUCCUAUAUGCAAAGUAUUCUGGCAUGAUGAAGAAUGAAUUCUAAAGAAGGAUGCUGCGGACUCAGAACGCCGUGGGGAAAUAACUGAAGUGAACCAGCGGAAAGAAUCGAAUGGCUUCUGUAGAGCUGCUUUAUAUAGAUAAGGAAGGAAGAGGCAGACAACCCGAUCCUCCCCGCGUCCUUGACUGGGCUUCCAAUCCGGUUCAUGUUCGUAAAGCGAGCAGUUCAGCCGGAGGGGCGCUCUCUAUCUCAGCUCCGGGCUGCAAAGGACUGUGUAAUUCAGCACCAAGGACGGUUCCCCUUAACGGACGUCCGCAUUUUAAACACGGUCACCCUGCGGUGGAGAAGGUCAGAGUGUGCUGCGACGAGGAAUCAGAGACAUCUUUCACCUAUGUCGACGAGAAUGUGAAUUUGCGCCUGCCAAGCCCUGGGAAAAGUGGAGAAAGUAUCCACAAAUCCUGGUGUAGGCCUAAUGACUGUGCGAGCGACAUUCGGCCCGAAGGGUUGCAUGAGCUCUCCCUAAUGUCAGAUGAUGAUCUCGCAUCAGAAAGUUCGGGGGCAUCUGUAGAUUACGGCUUUAUAAGCGCAGUCACUUUCCUAGUCACUGGGAUCUCGUUAGUGAUUAUAUCCUAUGCAGUCCCUCGCGAGGUCAAAGUGGACCCGGAGAGCGUGUCCGCGAGGGAGAUGGAGAGGCUGGAAAUCGAAAGUGCCAGGGUAGGGGCACACCUGGAUAGGUGCGUGAUAGCAGGGCUUUGUCUACUGACGCUGGGCGGGGUAGUGCUGUCCACUCUGCUAAUGAUAUCUAUGUGGCAGGGAGAGAUGUACAGGAGAAAGGCCUUUGCAUAUUCCAAGCACUCAGCGAAACUAUAUGGCUCCAUCAUUUUAAAAACGAGGUCUAGCCCUAGUCGAUCGUCCGCACACCUGUCUAUGAAGGAAGAGAUAGACGAGACCUUGAAUUAAAAUGAUAUCCGGUUGACAAAAUACUUUGUGUCUUGUGUUACUAAGCCAGGCCAACACAAUAAUGCAUGAUGUAGGUUCUCCAGACCUAAAGCGUGCAACCGGAACGCAUCAGUCGGUCUACCUACAGUACAUUAGCAUAACUGUUCAAAUGUUCAUUUGUUUUAAUAUCCAAGAUUAUGAAGUAUACAUUGUCUUACAGUAUCAUCUCCAUAUCAUUUAAUGGACGUGCAAGGUAUAGGCCUAUUUAAGCAGAAUGAAUAAGCAUGACAACAAAAAGAAAAAAGAAAAACAUUACUUUUUUUUUUUUUUUACUUGUUUUGGGAAAUGGGAAAUGCUGGGUCACAUUUUUUCAUAAAUGCAAUCUCUGAGAGGUUUCAUUUAUUAUUAAGGUGAUCCAUUUUUUAUGUGAAAGUGCCCGACAGUCAGUAAUGUGAUGCACACACGCAUUUUAGAGGGAAAAAUGUCUGUCCCAUGAGUUUAGAAAGUGAGAUGUAUUAGCCUAGUCUAGUGCACUAUAUCAAAUCUGAUAUCUGCUCAGUGGUGCACAUGCUAACAUCCAAUGGACUUUUUUACUUCCUCAAUGCAGGUGAGCCUAAUUCUCACUGUGGUUUCUCCCUGUGUGUGUAUCUGUGUGUGUACGGAGGGGGGCCACAUAAUCACACAUGAAAGACUUGCCCCAGUUUAUAAAGCUGUCCUGCCCUGUAUUGUACUGCACUGUAUUGUACUGCAUUGUGUUGUACUGCACUGUAUUGUACUGCACUGUGUUGUACUGCACUGUAUUGUACUGCACCGUAUUGUACUGCACUGUAUUGUACUGCACUGUGUUGCACAGUACACGUCAAAUAAUCUACUUCUAAUGUACUGUACCUGCAGUAUAUGCAAUUAUCAUACUUGAAUGAUCACGCAACACGAGAACUCACUGGAUCACAAUAUAACAAUGUAAUGAAUCUUUAAGAGAAAUAGGCUUUUAUUUAUAGGCUAGGCCUACGCUACCAAUGUUUUUAUUAUAUGCUGCUAAUGGACGUACAUCCUACGACACUCUAAACCGUAUUGUAUUCCCCCGAGGAGUCUCAGAUAUGCCUUUAAAAUGUUACUGGAAAAGGGAUCUGUUUCUUUUAACAAACCAGAAACGAUGGGUGCAACAAAAACAGGAAAUGUUCUAUUCAGUUCAUAGAACUGUUGGUUGAGAAUGACUUUCUCCAUGGUGAAGUGAGACAACAUCACCACUGUCAUUUGCGACCGUCUCUGUGUUGUCGGCCUACUACUGUAGCCUUUGAGUCAAGAGGCGUCAAAGGGGACUUGUUACCUUGAAAAUGGUUCCAUGAUUUCAAUUCUUCAAAAGCCUUUAUUCACAAUCACAAGUGCUUGCCUCGAGGGGAAAUAUGCGUGUUGGAUAUCACUAGAAACAGCUCAUUCAUGUUGUCAUUUUGUGGGGCAAAUUCAUGUUGUCAUUUUGUGGGGCAAAUUCAUGUUGUUGGCUAUUAAUUAUAAUCGUCAUGUGUUUUCCACUCUACUGUUCGAUCAUGCAUAUACGGUAAUGGAAUAAAAUAUACACCCCAAGAAUUACA